CAGGGAGCAGCCGCCAUGACACCCACCUUCACGGCCCUGCUCUGCCUCGGGCUGAGUGUGAGCCCGAGGACCAGCGUGCAGGCCGGGACACCCCCCAAACCCACCAUCUGGGCUGAGCCAGGCUCUGUGGUCCCCCAGGGGAGCCCUGUGACCAUCUGGUGUCAGGGCACCCUGGGGACCCAGUGGUACCGUCUGGAGAAAGAGGGAAGCUCAGUAAUCUUGGACACACAGAGCCCACUGAGGCCCGGGGACAAGGCCACGUUCUCCAUCCAAACCAUGACAAGGCAGCGCACAGGGACGUAUCGCUGUUCCUAUGACAGCCCCACUGGCCGGUCAGAGCACAGUGACCCCCUGGAGCUGGUGGUGACAGGAGCCUACAGCAAACCCAGCCUCUCAGCCCUGCCCAGCCCUGUCAUGACCUCAGGAGGGAACGUCACCCUUCAGUGUCACUCAUGGCAGGGAUUCAGUGGGUACAUUCUGACUGAGGAUGGAGAACACAAGCCCUCCAGGACCCUGGAUGCACAGCGAUCCCACAGUAGGCAGACCGAGGCCCUGUUCCCCGUGGGCCCCGUGACCCCCAGCCACAGGUGGACGUUCAGAUGCUACGGGUAUUUCAGGAAGAGCCCCCAGGUGUGGUCGGAGCCCAGUGACCCCCUGGAGCUCCUGGUCUCAGGUUUCUACAGAAAACCUUCCCUCUUGGCCCAGCCGGGUCCCCUGGCCAACCUGGAAGAGUACGUGAUGACCCUGCAGUGUUGCUCAGAGACUGUGUACGAAAGCUUCAUUCUUCACAGAGAUGGAGCGUCCGGGGCCCCUGGCCUCGGUGGGCAGCUCCGUGCCGGGGGCUAUGCCAGCCUCUCCACGGGCCCUGUGGCAACUGCCCUUCUGGGGACCUACAGAGGCUUCGGCUCUCUCAGCCACACCCCCCAUGCGUGGUCGGCCCCCGGGGGCCCCCUGGACAUCGUGAUCACAGAGCCAACCGUCGAGCAGGCCUCGUUCCUCCCUGACGUGCAGUAUGACCUGAUCACGGAUUAUGGGGCGCAUCUGGCGGUGGAGGCGUCUCUUCCGCCUACGGCAGGUGGCAGACAAGACGAAUUUGGGGAAGCUGAUGCUACAGUGCAGGAAAAUGUGCUGUGCUCCCCCUGAGAAAAGCCAUGUAUUUUACUGAAUAUUCACAACUCCAGAACACCGCCCGCUGCCCACGCAUGCUCUGAUUUGGGAAAAAUUGCCUUGAAAACUGCAAGAGAUUAAAGGCCCUCGCUGCCCAGUCUCCUUCUGCAUCUCUGAGAGAUGACAAGCAGCUCCUGAGAAAUCCCUGUGCAGCCUGCUCUGAGAAAAUCCGUGGUGGGAGAAUAUACUGAGCACCUGCUCAGGCCCAGGCCCUUCCAUCUGAAUGUGGGAUCUGGUCUGAAGAAGGAUUGGAGCCCCGUUAGACGCUGGCUGAGGAAACACCCACUUGUCCUGUGAAACCUGAGCUGGAAGGCCUGGCUCCCCUCACCCACCCGGGAGCUCUCCACAACUAAGCUCUCUGCGAAGGAACCGUUUCUCGGGCGCCAACAGAUGUGGAAAUUCCCUGAUCUCAUACUUCCCGUGGGUCUCCCUGCCGCGUCUGUCACCCUGCAGACGUGCACCAGCGGGAGGCGGGCUGGGCCGAGGCCGUGUCGGGCCAUGGCCUCCAGAGCUGUCACCCUCCUCUGUCCUGGUGAGUCUGACACGCAGGUGGGCUAGACAGGAAGAAGGGGGACCCCCACACAGUCAGUGUCCCUCUUAGCUUGAGGACUCUGUGCUUUGGGGGGCUGCCAAGGACAUUCUGGCCUCCUAAAUGGAGAGACGGCCUUUGGCCACACGAGCCCAGGGGAGCUCGAGGCAGCUCAGCUCUCAGGUCAUCAGCUGGGCCCUGAGGGCCUCGUCCAGCCCAUGUCAAGCUCUCUGGGGAUCCCUGGCGGCUCCGGAGUUCCCACAAAUGAGAGCCUGAUGGGAUCUAGAAGAUAAAGCCAAACAAUGAGUCUCCACACCUAUGGUCACUGUAGAAGAAAAGAUGAUUUGCAACAGAGACAGGAAGCCGGAGGGCUGGUCUACCCGGAACCCCUCUCUUCCAGUGCUCUGUCUGAGCCAGGAGGUUGGGGCACGGGGACCCCAGUUCUCUCCGGACUAUCCACUUGACUUCAUUUAAAGGGAUGUCGCCUUGGGGCAGCCCGACUGUGCAGCCGGUGUUUUCCUGUGCACCACCCCAGCGCUGAGCACCAGGUGGUACCAGGACCAGGUGUGCCACCCAGCUACUGGCUUGGCCUCCUAAUGGGUGUGACCCCCUGUGCCUCCACAUCUCCUCUCUACCAGCUCCCUCUAGAGACUGUAGCCUUUGAAAUAUAAAUAUGUUUAUCUCCCCUUAAAACUCCUCAGUCAUCU